UAAGAAAAGCCCAAAUCACCACCACUCCAAUCCGACUUACGUGUACUCUUCCACCACCACUUCCCCCCAUAAACACAAUCCCAUUCCCUUCCAAAAUCCAAAUCUUAAUCCAAAUCCACCCCCAAAAUCAACCCUUUCCCCUUCCCAUUUUCCCAAAAUCGCUGAUUCUACUUCAAUUAUAUAUGGCGCCGAUCGUGUUAACCCAAUUGGCCACCGGCCUCAGCGUAUUGGCAGGGGCAGUUCUCGUCAAACAGGUGAUGGAUCACAACCCCAUGAUGGGUUCGGGCCGGACGCCCAGAUGCCCCAGCUGCAACGGAACGGGCCGGGUCACCUGCAUGUGCACCCGCUGGAAUGACGGCGAUUACGGCUGCCGGACUUGCGCCGGCUCCGGCCGGAUGGCCUGCAAUAGCUGCGGUGGCACCGGCACGGGCCGCCCCAUUCCGGUUCAGAUUACUGUUCGCCCCCCGCCUUCUUGAACACCAUUCGGGUUUGUUGCUCUUUGUAAAAUGUAAUCUUUGUGGAGACACACAGAGUCACAUACAGAUGACUGCUGGUCCUAUAAUCUUCAAUAACCAAAAUUCACUGAAGUUGAAGCUUAGUCUUUACGAAUAGAUAGCAAGAAGCAAAUUUUUUGGGACGUCGCCAAUGGAAACUAGUUAUGUCAUGACUAAACGCUGAUGCACACGACCUCAACUGCUUACAACCAGAGUCAGAUUAGCAGCAGCAUUCAAGAUAAAAGCCAGGUGUAUAUAGAGCUAAGUUAGUUUGCAAGCCUAUGGUUUCCUUGAUGAAAUCUAUUAUUGUGCGCAUUUUACCUUUGAUAUAAAGUAACAUUGUCAUAUAGAUCCUUCUUACUUCAAUACUUCUUUGUAUUAGUAAUGAUUAAUUGUCUCUUCAUAUUUGUGAUGCUGAUUACUAGGAUUAGGACUUGUAGUCCAAAUCAUACAUGAUCAGCAUGUACAAUUUGUGACUUUUAGUUCAUAUUUGUGAUGCUCAUUAUAUUCUGCUUUAUGAUUUUCUAUCAUCAAUGACUAAUCUAAGAUUCAAUAAACUGUCUUCAUGAUGCAUGCAUAUUGUUAUAUAUAUGGACAUGAUGUGUAUUUAGGAUUUCUUGGAUGCAUUUGUACACGGCUUAAGCACUUCUCUACAUACAUAAGGAUGUAGCAGUACACAACUAAACAAUGCAACAUUAAUUGGAAAAACAAA